AUGCCUCAUCUACCAAGUGUCUACUUGGGAUGGGCACUCUGGGUUUGCGACAAUGCCCGCUAUGGCGGGAUCCGCCAGUAUUGGUCCUGGAACAUGGAGGUCGGGAGCAAGCCUAGCAUAGCUUCGCCGGUCAGCCUCGAGAAUGAGACACCGUGUGUCUCAGAGCGUGGGCUCCCGACAAAUCUGGCAUGUCGUCCGGAGUAG